GCCGCAGACAGCGGGUGAUAACAGGGGAGGUUUUCAAGUACGUGUGCACUCUCACUCGCUGAUGGAGGCUGCGGGACCGCCGCUUAUCCAUCCGGUCUGCGAAGCACAGACAUCCGAACUUGGAGCAGUGGGGUGCGUCUGGUUCAGCACCCAGUUGGCAUUCAGGACUUGGUUCACGACGUGGUUGACAACCUCCUGAAUCACGACCGGGAUUGGAACACUGACUUGCAAAGAUAAAGACCUGUUUCGGCACCCAUGCCACAUUCACGACUUGGUUCACCCCGUAGUUUCAUGCAGCAGCGAUGGGGGUUGCAUGCAGCAGCGGCAAUGAUGAUGAAGAAGAAGGAGGAAGUGGGAGGAGCUCCGAUUUGCUACACGAAGAGAAGAGGCCUUGGUAGUUCAGACCUGUGCACGGCUUUCACUAUGGUCUUGAUUGACUGAUGGUGAUCGAUUGACGGAUCGAUCGACUGAUCAAUAAUUUGAUUGGUUGAUUGGUCGAUUGGUCGAUUGGUUGAUUGGAUGGUUGGUUGAAGGUCCAACGGUUCGGAGAGGUUGGCUGUGGUACACAGUGGGGCGGCAAAUUGAAAUCGAAGGGUUAUUAGGGGUUUAAGGAUAGUUAUUUUUUCAUUUUUCUAAGGAGCAGAUGUAUGGCGUUGCAGCUAUAGGAUCAACCAACCGAUGGAUUGGGAACUGUCAAUGAAACAGGUCGACUGAUCGACUCACCGAUUGAUCAUCUUGCACACUCUUCCCGAUUGAUUGAUUGAUUGAUUGAUUGAUUGAUCGAAUGAUUGAUUGAUUGGCUGAUUGAUUGAUUGAUUGAUUGAUUGAUUGAUUGAUUGGUCGAUUUUUUUAAGCCGCAUACGUAUGUCCAUGUAUCAUCAAUGGCGGUGUCCAUAAUUCGUGUCCGGCUGAAUGAUUCCUCAUGGGAAAGGGGGGCAGGAGAACGUGGAAGACUUGCCUGGCUGUAGCGACAGAGGUAAUUGAGAGCCGCAGCUUGCAGUCCUGUUAGCAACAAAAAGGGUCUCAAGGUGCAAUUUCAAAAUAACAAGGAGGGAGAACUGUACAGGUGCAAUCUCAAACCAAAAGAGCACGAGGCAGAACAGAGAGCGCACGCGCGCGCGUGAGACACACACACACACACACACACACACACACACAGAGACACACACACAGAGAGAGAGAGAGAGAGAGAGAGAGAGAGAGAGAGAGAGAGAGAGAGAGAGGAGCGAGAAGGGAGGCAGGUGAUCAUUACUAUCGGUGCCAAAGAUACAUUACUACCGGGGCUAGGGGAAGGGAGUGAGGCGGCGGAGGAGGAAAGGGUGGGAGGAGAAGGACAAGGUGGAAAGGGGGGGGAGAGGAGGAGGAGAAGGAAUAGUUUGCUUAUUGGUUACUUAACGUACGAAGGGAAAAGAAAAGGCGGGUAAUUUAUCGUCAGCCAUCAUCCAUCAUCCAUCAUCCCUUACGAGGAGGAGGAGAAGGAAAAGGAGCAGUGUGCAUACCGGUUACUCAGACUUAGAAUGCGAAACAAAGGGCGGGUAAUUGAUCAUCAAGGACUAGUUUGCUUAUUGGUUACUUAACCUACGAAGGGAAAAGAAAAGGCGGGUAAUUUAUCACCAGCCAUCAUCCAUCAUCCAUCAUCCCUGACGAGGAGGAGGAGAAGGAAAAGGAGCAGUGUGCAUACCGGUUACUCAGACUUAGAAUCCGAAACAAAGGGCGGGUAAUUGAUCAUCAUCCAUUAUCCAUCUGUGGGAGAAGAGUCGAUAUUAAUGCAGACGAUGGAGACGAACAUGGGGGGUCCUCACGACAACUACGUGGGAAAGAUAAUGUCUCUCGCACCGGAUCAUCUGCUUAUUAUCCUUCAGCUACUCCCAGCGCCAUCCGUUUUGUCGUUUAGCAUGACGUGUCGCCAUUUCCAAGCAUUAGCCGAAAAUGACGCUGUUUGGUAUCGGCUUUGCAAACUGGACUGGGGAGCUGAGGCCGUGGACGGCGAUGAUGGCAGCGGCCUGGCUUUGCUCCGGCGGCGCAGGCAAGGGUGGAUGCACGUCUAUCGUGAGGUGGCCACUCUAAGAUCAGCCACGUGGCGGCGAGUGUCUCUGGGUGACGUGCUUCCAAGGUCGCGAGCGUCUUCCAUUAUAUGCCUAGUCAGCAAGAGGCUAAUCCUCUUUGGUGGAGGGUCCUCCGGAGGGCGCCAUUUAGAUGACACAUGGAUCAUGGACGCUGGGCAAUUGUUGUUGACACCCACCCUUCACCAUGGCCAGGGGAGUAAUCUAUGGAGUAGGAUUUGUGAGGAUAGAUCCCCGCCCGGCCGGUUUGGACAUAUGGGCACAGCCAUGGGGAAGAUGCUGUUGCUGUUCGGUGGUUUCAAUGACACGGGGAUGCGGCUGUCAGACACGUGGAUAUGUGAGUUGCGGUCAUCGAGUGCUGGGGUCGGGGUCGAGGGGGAGGGCAACUCCGCAGAAGAGUCGUGGAGCUGGCGGCAGGUGGAUGUGAGGGCAGCCCCACCAGCGCGGGGUGCGCAUGCGGGGAGUUUCGUGCCGGGAGGCAAGGUGGUCAUUUUUGGUGGGAUCAAUGACACAGGUGUGAGGCUGUGCGACACAUGGCUGCUUGAUCUGGAACACAACCCCCCUUGCUGGCAAGAAAUCAGGACCGUCGUCCGACCACCUUCUCGGUCGGGACACACUCUCAGCUGGGUGGGAGGUGGCCAGCUUGUCCUCUUUGGCGGCCGCAGUGCCAGGUUCGAAGUGCUGAAUGACUUAUGGCUUUUGGACCUGGAGGAGCUGCCUGGUCCAGUGUGGAGGGAGCUAUGGCCCGUGAGAGGUCGGGGGGAGCGGGGGGGGGGGGGGGGGGACGAAGACAUCGAAUGGCCGUCCCCUAGGGCGGGUCAUUCCGCUACCCCGGUCCUCGGCGGUCGACUGGUCGUCAUUGGUGGGGAAGACAAGAACAUGCGGAGGAAGAGCGACACCUGGAUCUUGGAUCCGCGCGCGUGGGGGGAGAGCGGCUAUGGUGGCGGGGGGAGGGAGGGGAAGGAGAAGGACAACAAGGCGAGUGCUGCUGGGGUGGUGGGAAACAACGACAAAUUGCCGCCCAGGUGUUCUACAGCAUCAUCAUGCAUGAGGGGGGCAGGAGGAGGGAGUAAUGCUGGAGGAGGAGGACGAGGAGGCAGGUUCUCGGGGAGGAAGCUAUGGCGUCGGCUGAAAAUUCGAGGCGACGUGCCGCGACGACGAUCAUUUCACUCGGCUUGUGCUCUCGAGGGGGGUUGCUCGAUUGUGGUGUUUGGAGGGAUGGUGGAUGGAGAGCUGUCACCGCAAGCGACCAGAGGGCUCGAGUUCAACGGCGACAUGUUCGUGCUUCAGCUGGUUCCUAAGCUGCAAAUAGACAAGAUGCCCUCCACGAUAGCCCUGGAGAACGCAAGCGAAGAGAUCGACUUCUCUCUUGGCACAAGGGACAAGCUGGAGUUGCACAGAGAGGACUAAAGGGAAUCAGUCUGCCUGGAUUAUGGAUAAGGGCAUGUUCUCGCUAGGACUUUUUCAACUGAUCUCUGGACGUGAUUACAGUCAGAUGCAUUCUGGUCUGGCUGUAUUUCCUGUCAGAUGCGUUCAGAAAAGUGCUAUGCGAGAAUGGCCUUAGUCCCGCAAAUGGAUAAUGGAUAAUGGACAACUCUAGUGAAUGGAUAAUGGCCAAGCUCGAGUCAUCUUUUAUCCAUGUGCUGGGGAUGACGUUGGCUAGGAGCCAGCUUGCUGUGUGUGAAUGGCAGCUACCGAACCUCAUCCCAGGAAGGAAGGGCUGCUGUUGAGCUGGCAAUGGAAGAAUGACAAGGAGGAUCUUGCCUGGCACCUGCCUGCCUGCACGAGAGCGUAAUGGAUACCCACCCAUCGAUGCCUCUCUUCCCAUUUUCCAAGCUGAAUUGCAUUGACAGAGAUAAGGUCAAAUUGAGCUGUCACAAGAUGCGAGAGACCAUUGAGAGGGUGGACAUCAGAUGGCGGUGAAGACAUCCACCGAAACCACCCUCCAAGCGCGAUGGGAGUAUUGACGUCACGUGAUGAUAUCGACAUUGGAUAUCAUCUGCAAAUUGUGUACUCGAGAGAAAAGUCCCUGUUCCCCUUCCUCUCUUUUCUUGCCACUCUCCAUUUUGGACCUUUCCUUCGUUGCCUGAAUUUGACAAUUCCCGCUAUGCUCUGAGCAUUUUUUGUUCACCGACGACAAUCCCCGGGCGUUGAGGAGGCUCCUGAGGAGACCAGGAAGAGCCCGCCAGACUGCAGGAAAGUUUUAGAGGGUUGGUUUAGUGCAAAUGUGCCAGUUCUUUGCCACAUAGAAACCAUUUGUACUGUUGUAUUUUAGGAAAGUUCUAGAGGGGAGGAUAGAAAAGUGUUUGCAGGUGUGUAGGAUAGCUUUGAAUUCGGAAAGCUUUUCACCACUCAGUGUCAUCAUGUUUUGACUCUUACGAGGAGUGCUAUGUGGCUGCUCUUGCCAAACUGCUUCUCUAUUGAACUUGGUUGCGUGGAGACUGGUGCUCUUGCUUUGUCGCAGAACCAACGCCACCCUGAACACAACAGUAGCAACAAGAAAAGAGUGUCCCAAGCCUGCAUAAUAUUUGGGCUGGGGAGGGUGGUUGCGGGGUUGGGAGAGGGGGGGGAAGGAGGGAGGAGGAGUAGCUGUGUUGAUGGGGUUGUGGUUAUGUUCAUAGGCAUGGGGCAUUUCUGUGAAUGGGUGUUGGAGGAAGGGGGAAGGAGGAGCAGCUGUGUUUAUGGGGUUGUGGUUGUGUUCAUAGGCAUGGGGCAUGCCUGUGGAUGGGUGUUGGAGUAGGGCUUUUGCUGUGUGUACUUCAUCCUGCACUUGUUUAUGAUGGCGUUCUCUGUUGCCAAUAAGUUAUUCAACCGGCAGGCAAAGAUGU